AUGUCAUUAGCUACAUACAGUAGCCAUUGUUUAUCCUCCACUCUUAGUGAUAAAGGUCCGGAGCAAGACGUCUGGUCCUUCGUCAACAAUGCAGCUGCUACCUCGCCGAUGCAGCCAAUCGUAAAUCUCGGUCAGGGCUUCUUUGGAUACAAUCCGCCACAGUUCGCUAUCGAUGCAGCAAAAGAUGCCUUGAAUAGGGUUGAUUGUAAUCAAUGUUCACCGACAAAGGGCCGUCCAUCACUGAAGCAGACAAUUGCGCGUCUUUUCUCCAGCUCAUGGCAGCAGCCUAUCGACGCGGAAACAGAGGUUGUCAUCACCUCUGGCGCUAGCGAGGGCUUGCUCUGCGCAUUCAUGGCGUUCCUCAAGCCCGGCGAUGAGGUGAUUGUCUUUGAGCCGUUUUUCGAUCAGUUUAUCAGCGGAAUUGAGCUUGCUGGCGGUGUGGUUCGACAUGUGCCGCUCAAUCCUCCACAGCAAGAGACGAACAAGCUGAAAGGUCCUUCUAGCUGGACUGUUGACUUCGAUACACUCAGGAGCGUUAUCAAUAAUCGCACAAGAAUGAUGUUAACCAUGGCUAGCAGACACAACCCAACCGGCAAAGUCUUCACCCAGCAGGAGCUGCAAUACAUCGGCACACUCUGCAUCCAACACAACAUCAUCAUCCUAUCCGACGAGGUCUACAACCAGUUAUCCUACGCCCCACUUCUGAGUCCCGCCAGCCUCGCGCCCGCCCUCUACAACCGUACCUUGACGGUUGGCUCCGCCGGCAAAUCCCUCCAUGCCACCGGCUGGAAGAUCGGGUACUUGGUAGGACCGCCGCCCUUAAUCAAUGCAGUGGCCGCCAUCCACACCAAAAUCUGUUACAGCACCGUGUCCCCGCUGCAGGAAGCCGUCGCCGUCGCCUACAUCCAGGCUGAGGAGACGCGGUUCUGGGAGGAGAGCCGUGAGCAGAUGCAGCGGAAGAUCCGGCGCUUCUGCGAGGUUUGGGAUGAGCUGGGAAUACCGUAUACGCGGCCCGAAGGCGGAUAUUUCGUCCUCGCGGACUUGUCGUCGGUGCGGAUACCGGAGACUUACCCCUUGCCGCCGUGGAUCGCCACUCGUCGGCGCGACUUUCACCUGUGCUGGUUUCUGAUGCAGGAGUUUGGGGUUGCCGCUAUUCCGCCGUCGGUUUUCUAUAGUGAGAAUCAUGCGCGCCUUGGGGAGAAUUAUCUCAGGUUCGCGGUUUGUAAGGAAGGUUCGCUGCUUGAUUUGGCGAAGGAACGGUUGGGUGGACUAAAGGGAUAUAUCUGA